AGUGCGGACGCCCUACAAACUCCAGGCCUCACCAAGUCCUUAUUUGCUCCUUGCUCAGACAUCUUUUUCCUGUAUGAAGUCGGCAUUAUGCUGGGUCAAGGUGGAUUUGGAGCCGUCUACGAAGGGAGGCGCCUGGAGGAUGGCCUUGAGGUGGCAGUGAAAUUUGUGAAGAAAACAGAGGAUACACAAUACAUCAACUUUCCCGAACCUCUUCCAAUGGAGGUCGCUCUUUUAAUCCUCGCAAACGAAGGCCCCAGAGUUCCCCAGAUAAUCCAGCUGCUGGACUGGAAGGAUCUGGGUGAAUACUACAUCAUGAUUCUGGAGCGGCCUAUUCCCUGCGAGGACUUGUUUGAUUUUGUGCAGCGCCACGGAGGCAGAAUCGACGAGGAGUUGGCUCGGGUUGUCAUGAGGCAGGCAACACAAGCCGCUUACAUGAGCUGCCAACGAGGGGUGCUGCAUCGGGACAUCAAACAAGAAAACCUUUUGAUCAACAGGGACACCCUAGAAGUCAAAUUAAUUGACUUUGGGUGUGGCGACCUCCUUCAAAGUGUGCCCUAUACCACAUUCAUGGGCACACGAAUGUACUGUCCACCCGAAUUUAUAACAGAGGGCAGGUACCACGGGGAGCCAGCGACAGUAUAUUCACUGGGAGUGCUCUUGUUCUCACUGGUUUGCGGGACAUUUCCAGACAGCGACGACCUGAUUAUGAUCAAUCUGAACCGUUGGUUCAUAGCUGGAUUGUCACUAGAUUGCUGCCAGCUGAUCUGCUCUUGCCUGCAGAGUGAUCCAACAGAGCGACUCGAUUUAGGCGAGAUUCUGCACCAUGAAUGGUUUAAGGUACUGGACUAA